UCUCGCCGGAAAUGACCGUUGUUUCUUCCGGAAGUAGGCGGGUCUUGUAGCUCUUUAAGCUGCUUCCCCUUUAAGCCGGUGCGGAAGCGGUCGGCAGGUCUCUGCAUCGCGGCGGAAGGUCGGGCGGUCUGUAGCGGCCGGAGCGCCUCCAUGUCCGGGCCCCAGUGCGAGCGGCUCGCCGGGCCGCUGGUCCGCCAGCUGCUGGACUCCGUGGACAGCCUGCUGUUCGACUGCGACGGGGUGAUCUGGCGCGGGGACCAGGCCGUGCCCGGGGCCGCGCGGGUCAUCAGCCUGCUCAAGCAGCGCGGAAAGAAGGUCUUCUUCGUCACCAACAACAGCACCAAGACCCGCGACAUGUACGCCGCCAAGCUGGCCUCGCUGGGCUUCGACGCCGCGCCGGACGAGGUGUUCGGAACCGCGUUCUGCUGCGCCGCCUACCUGCGGUCGGAGUGCGGCCUGCGGGGGAAGGUCUACCUGGUGGGCAGCGACGCCAUGCGGCAGGAGCUGGAGGCCGUGGGCAUCCGGGCGGAAGGCGUGGGGCCGGACCCGGUGUGCGGGAAGCAGCUGGACUGGGCCGGCGUGCCUCUGGACCCGGAGGUCCAGGCGGUGGUGGUCGGGUUCGACGAACACUUCAGCUACAUGAAGCUGAACCGAGCCAUGCAGUACCUGACCCAGAAGGACUGCCUGUUUGUCGGAACCAACCGGGACACCAGGCUGCCUCUGGAGGGCGGGAAGGCGGUACCAGGUACGGGCUGCCUGCUGCAGGCCGUGGAAACGGCCGCCCAGCGCCAGGCCCAGACGGUGGGCAAACCCAGCCGCUUCAUGUUCGAGUGCGUGGCGCGGCGGUUCGGCGUGCGGCCGGAGCGCUGCCUGAUGGUCGGCGACCGGCUGGACACUGACAUCCUGCUGGGCUCCGCCUGCGGCCUGAAGACGCUGCUGACCCUGACCGGGGUCAACACUGUCGCCGAGGCCGCCGCCCACCGCGACAGCGGCAGCGCCGAGCGCCGCGCCAUGGUGCCCGACUAUUACGUGGAGAGCAUCGCCGACCUGCUGCCGGCGCUGCAGGGAGAAGACGAGCCGUCGCUCUGAAGGGAAGAUCUGAUCACUUGGCCUAAAGCUGCAGAUGAAACGUUAAUAAAGAUGAAUGUUUAUUGCCAUGUUGGGACAGCUCCUCUGCUUUCUCCCUGUGCUAACAAACAACCAAUCAGAGGCAGGGGGUGGGGCUUAGCGCAGUCAAUCAUGACCUUUUCUCUGUUAUACUAGCACAGAAUGCUAAGGCUGGUUAGCAUUCUAACUAGGGAGAAAGGUUAGGGUUAGGAUAACAGUGCAUAAACAGUUUUUCUGUAUUUGGCAGCAGUACAUGAGGAUGAUUGACAGCGCUAAGCCCCGCCCCCUGCCUCUGAUUGGUGGUUGUUGGUUCAUUUCUUCAGAGCAGCUGGAGAUCCGUCUGUCCACUGACCAUCUGCCUCAUUAAACUGAUGCUGACAGUUUUCCUAACAUGUAAAACUUACUGCAGCUUUAAAUGGAGCCACAGCUGCAGGAAGAAUAAAUUCAGGCUGUUCUUAAUGCUUUGACUAGGCCAUUGCUAUGAUGGGAUUGUUUCUGUUUCAGUUCAUGCAGCUUUAAGGAAGCGCUUUGUCUGCAUCCUGUCUGUGAUGUCAUUUCCUGUUGAGCAUCGCCAUGUUCAGCCUGCAGCUGUUGGUUCUGAAACAGGGGUGUCCAAAGGGCGGCGCGGGGGCCAUUUACGGCCCUGGACUGAUUGUUUUUGUGGCCACGACUCUAAUUAGAGAUAAAAGGUGGUCGGUGCAGAUGGAGGAUUUUGUUUUUAUUAAAAAUUGGGGCAAAAUUAUUACAGCCACAUUGAAAUCUUACAAUAGAAAAUAUUGAUCCCAGAUCAUAAGAGCUGCUUCUGAUCACUUCAUUAAACUUGUUUUUACUUUUCAAUUAAAUUCACAAAAAUAUUUUUCUGCUCAUAAAUUCUCAAAUUUCGAGGUGAACCUGUUUAGAUCGACGACUAUUUCCACAUUUUCCAGUUGAACAUUUGACUGAUUUAAUCCAGCGGUUUGUUGUUCAGUGGAUUAAAGGCUCAGAUUUUAGUUCCUCAGUUUGGAGCCUUCAGUUUAUUACUGUUUCAUUAUCAACACAAUAAAACCUUAUUUUCUGAUAAAAACA